AUGUUCUUUGCCGAUACCGAUUGGAAUUUCUUAUCUGUUGAUCAUCUGAUGCCGUACCCUCCUGGCCAUGACGGUGGCGAUGUCUCCGUCAUGGAUCUUGGGUAUGGGUCUGUCUCGGCUUCGAACUCUCUUUCGGACUCCGGAUCAAUCGAGCACCAAAGCUAUGUGCCUCUAGCUCCUAGCUUCUCCAAUUCGCCAGAUGGCCACUUGUAUCAUUCCCCUCUAUCUCCAUUCCCUGCUCUCGUCUCCAUUUCUCUCUCCAGCCCUUCUACUUCCCAAGGCGAUGAUAAUAUAAGCCGCGUUGAGACGUCACGAGUGGAAAAGCGCAAACUUAAUACCCUUGCAGCGCGGAGAUGUCGACAGAGACGUGUGGAUCGGAUGAAGGAACUCGAAGCCGAGUUAGAGAAGGUCCGGAAGGAAAGAGAUGAUUGGAAACUUCGGUGUUCAAAGCUUGAAGGUGAAACGGAUGCUUUGAAGGGUCUUCUCACCCGCAAAAGCAAAGAUACAUAG